AUGGCAUCCGAAGAAAGUGCAAAGAGGCAGAGGACGGCCAGCGACUCUGCUUACGAUGCUCAUCUCAGCACAUGUUUGCGAACUUCUCAGGGCUCGGCUUUUAGGAUGCCUUGGGAGACACCUGAAUUUCGAAAUAGCUUGCUUGAUUUCAGUGUACCUUUGGGAAGGGGGCCACUACCCCUCAUUCCUGUGAGCAGCAACAUUUCUGUUCCGGUUCCCAAACAGCCGGCUGUCUCUUUUGCACAUCGAUUCUCUCGUGUACGUCAUGAUAUUUCUUGGGAGAACCAGACCGAGAAGAGACUGGUGGCGGCCGUUCGGAAGUGGACUGCUCUUGUACUCAGGAGCCCUCAGUCUUUCGAUGUGGGUCGGAAGGUCACGUCACUAGCACCUGUCGGGGUCCAAGUGUCAAGGUCGCUGCGACAUGUGUUCGCAGGUAAGGCAGUUGGAACUCUGCACAGUCGGGCUGAUCCGCUCAUACGAUACGUGGCAUGGGCUGAUAGGCAUGCAGUCUUGGCAUUUCCAUUCAAGGAGGAUGACAUGUACGAGUUUGCUUGUGAGUGCGAACAUACAUGCUCGCCGAGUUUCCUCAAAAGCUUCCUGAGCGCGGUGACCUUUUGUUUCUUCAUUCUUGGAGCGGAGAGCGCUCAGGAGGCGAUGGCUAGCAUGAGAUUGAGUGGUGUGGCCAGGGCAUGCUACUUGACAAAGCGGAAGAGGGUCCAGCGCCCACCGUUGUCGACUGAGAUGGUACAGCGACUUGAGAGGUUUGUAGUUUCCCCCGAUGGGGAUCGCAUUGAUCGGUUCAUAGCUGGAUUCUUCUUGCUCUCGAUUUUUAUGAGGGCCAGGUAUUCUGAUACACAGAACAUGUACAAUGUCAGCGAGGACAAGCCGCAGGUCGACCCGUCUGGGCUUGGAGGCUACCUUCAGGCCGACAUCGCACGCAGCAAGACAUCUUACACCACUGAGAGGAAAACUCAGCUGCUGCCGAUGGUGUGUCCACGCAAGGGUAUCGCUGGCGAAGAUUGGUUCCAGGCGUGGUCCAUGCUGAGAAAGGAAUUGAACGUCCCUGUUGGAGAGGGGCUGCCCGUCCUGCCUGCGAUUUUGACCACCGGACACUGGGCUAGUCACCCUCCGAGGACUUUUGUUCCGGACAGUACCCGGAGCGGGUACUUCCCCACGAAGGACGACCCCAACGCCAGCUACGACUACGAAGCUUCCUCAGAGGCGUCUCUUGAUGAAGAGGAUGCCGAGACCGAUUGUCAGGAGCUCGAGCGAGCGCUGGACGGGGUCGUGGAUGGUUGGUGUGAGGAAGUGCCUAAGCGCGAGUUGAAGGCAGAGCACUUGGUUCGCAAUCGGUCUUCACGCAUGCUGCACUUGAUUGCCGACGAGGGCGGAACUUCUCUAUCUUGCGGCAGGACAUGCACGAAGAACUACGAGAAGGUGGCAGCUGUUCCAUCGUUUCUGUACCCUGUGUGUGCCAGGUGCUUCAACUCUGUCAAAACAGAUUCCAGUGUCGAGCCUGCUGUUGGAGAGCAGGUCGAUGGCCGGUGUGCUAUCCCCGCGUCAGAAUGUCAUCGGUGUGCAUUUUGCCCCGAGUCGUAUCACAUGUCGGGUCAACGGUGUGUCAGCGAGACCCCGCCACGACAGAACAUUGAUGAUGUGAAAGGGACGGAUUGUACACUUCACAUCGGUGCGGUGUGCCCAUGGGCCCUGCGUGUCACGGUGAUGGGAUGUCAGUGGCAUCGCGAUUUUGAAGGUGACGCGACACGAGUUGGAGGCGAAACAAUUCUUGAGCGACCUGGAACCAUGAGUAUUACUGAGAGUGAGGCCAAUUUUAGCUCCCGGGCUGCGAAACUCGGCUUGAAAGCUGAGGUGCUUCAGCUGCUUGUCGAUGGUGGCGUCAACACUCUUGCCAAAUUUGCGUAUGUGAGCAGCUUCAUUCCGGGUCAGAGUGAUGAGGGUCCUUUUGUGACUUCCAUAAAGGACUUGUUGAAGAGGGAUGCUACCGUGGGGGAGCUUUCGGUGCUGCGCCGAUUGCACUCUGAGGCCUUUGCUUUGGUCGCGGCCGAGCUUAAAUCUCAGGUUGAGCGCACCACCGAUGCACCAGCGAGGAGCCUUGCCGCUCCUGACCGAGCAGAUCGUCUGGCUCGUCAAGUGGUGCGGUAUCCAGGCUUGACUAUCGCCGGGCCUAAUGAACCGAGUGACAGGUCAGUGGACAAGUGUUGUCAAAUGUAUGAAAACAAUCGCCUUACAUAUCUUCCGCUGAGUUGGUGCAUGAGCAAGGACGAUGAGACUCGGAAUUCCCGGGACAAGGAGGAUCGUACCCUCACAGUUGACAAUAGCGGUAAUGUUCACAUCAAGAACGCCGACAUUCGAGGUGAGGCCGACUUGAGCACUGACUUGUUACUGAAAUUCGCCCUCACUCGGCGAGGACUCGCGAUGGAACAGGCCGGAUUGUUAGGUUUCAAAGAACAUGAGAAAUGGGCUGAGCGCCUGUUGCACUCCAGAUAUCGUGAGGUGCCUUCGGGAUACACCCGAGUCAGCAUACAGCAGCUGCUUCAAGCCGAUAAGCAAUUGUUUGUCACCGCUGCUAAUGAGUGUCGCAGUGGAGUGCAAGUCACGGAGACCGGUCGUCCAUUGGACGAGGCGUGGAUGCGUUGCGCCGAUUUGACCGAGGUGUCUCAUUUGCUCGCUCCUCUCGCGUCGCCUCCUCCCGCUAAGAUUCCCUUUGAAAGACCCACUCCGUAUGGCCGUGGCAAAGGCGGGGCAAAGGGUAAGCAACCGUCGCGCCGCGAGGUGACCAUGCCAGAGGACCUAAAGGACGGGCACGCAAACACCCCGAAAGGAGUGCCCAUUUGCUUUGAUGCUCAGAGGGGCAAAUGCACUAGGCAAUUGACAGGCAACAAGUGCUUCAGGGGUGCUCACGCUCCUGCUCCCAAGAUUGCACGCGUUUCACUUCAAACCAAUCUUCAGGCUGAUGAGGUCAAGGCCAUCGAUGAAAUUGAGUCGAUCAGUAGCGCAAGUCUUGAUCACGAAUUCAAGGGUUCGGUCGAGGAUCGAGCUCUGACCCUGCUGAACAAUGCUGGUGUUGUUUCCCCCACUGAUUUACUUGAGAUCUUCCAAUCACUCCCCACAGAGGCUUCCGUCCGAGGUGACCCAUCACAAGGGGUCUCCUUCUCGACAGGUGCCUAUUGCAGAGUCAAGGUUGGGCUGCGACGUAAUGUCUUGCUCUUCCCGAAUGUGACAAAGUUGGCCGCGCGCUUUGUGCGACAGCAGCUGCCCAGCUUAAAGUUCACGAGCUUAGCAUUCUUUCGCAACGUUCAAACCACACCUCAUGUGGAUGCGCAUAAUUCUUCUUUGCCCAAUGCUGUGUGUGCACUGUCUGACUUCGAUCAGGGACAGGUGUGGGUUGAGAGACCAGGCGGCCAAGCUUGGUGCGAUGUUGAUGGCGAACUACGCAGUGGAGUCGAACUCAGCUUGGAUGGGAGUCAUGCCGUCUUCACCGCUCGACGUUUGACUCACGCCACUAGGAAUUGGUCGGGUGAUAGAGUGGUGUUAGUUGCUUUUUCAGUCUCCGCCAUUGAUCACCUUAGUGAGACUGAUAGUGCUACACUGACCGAUUUGGAAUUUCAGCUCCCGAUGCAAGCCGACAUUCUUGAUGCCGAACAGUCACCUCCGGUUUGCUAUGAAGCGCCGGUCGUUACCGGGGGGUGUGCUACUGAUGAGUUUCCAAAACCACUCGGCCUCGCACAACCAGUGACUUCCCCGCCUCUAGCUUCCUCCAAGUCGGGUUUAGCCCCCGUAGAAGAUUCCGUAGUGUCUACUGGUCAGGUUCAGGCCAAGCCGGUUGACCAGCCUGGUAUUGUGCUCGAGCUGUUUGCCCGUGCAGGCUCUUUGUCCCGAGCCUUUCAUCAGAUUGGCUUUGAGGUCAUGCCCAUAGAUAGGGGAAGUCACCGGCUUCCGUUGGCCAAGUUGUGCUCACUGGAUCUUGCCUUGCCGAGCUCGUGGCAGUAUCUUUCGCAUGUGCUUGACAACUAUCAUGUUCGGUACGUGCACAUUGAUCUGCCGUAUGCCACCUAUGGACCUAAGCAGGGCCUCCGACGACUGUCCCAUGGAUCUGUAGUUCCUGUAGGAGGCGCCGACGCCUCUCAGGUUCAAAGGCUCGCAUUGGCCGACUCCUUGUUGGAACAUGUCAUCACCUUCUUAAAACGAGUUCAACAGAUGGGCAUCGCCUGGUCCAUUGAGCAUCCGCAGUCCAGCUUCCUGUGGCAUAUGCCUGCUGUGCGCCAGCUCACCAACACCACUACCGUGGUGUACGAUUUGUGUGCCUUCGAUUCUCCGCAUCGCUUGCGGAGGCAACUGCUAACGUCUUGUAGUGCACUCAAGUGUUUACAACAAGUGUGCCAUGGUAAUCACAGUCACACGCCUGUGACUGGCGGUGUUGAUACUCAUCCCAGGCUUUUCUGUCAGCAGGUUGCCCACGCCGUGGCUAAACACUGUGGCUUUGACCCCCUUUUGUCACCGCUGCAGUCCAGCCCUCCGCCUGUCACACAGCAGCGUCGGGGUAAACUUGGUGCGAGCCUCAUCAGAGAAUUUGGUCGCGUUUGCAGAUGUCGUGUGCCACAGAUUCCGCCUGUGGAUCAUAAAAAUUGCUUGCAGCACGCCAUCGGUGACAUCCCCGCAGGCUCCAAACUUCUCGCCACUGAGGAGACGGGGGAGUCGGGUGGCUUCGAACUUAGUGUUGGUGUGUAUGCAACACCGGAUGAGUUUCUGGAGGAGGCCAAAGGAUUACGGCAUCCCUUCGAGACGUUUGCUGUCAUCCCCGACGAAGUGAAACGAAAGCUUCAUGAGGCCUUGGUGAAGGGCCCUGAGUGGGUUGGUAGGCAACGUGUGGCCACUCUCAACAAGUGGUUAGAAUGGGCCAGGGAAUUGGAGGAACCAGAGUCCCGACUUAAGGAGGGCCUCGAACCUGGUGUGAGGUCUGUGUUAGGAUCAAAGAGGCUUCUCUUGCUCAAACGCAUUGCUGAUGACUUGAAGUGGCCCGACGAUGGAUGGUUUGAGGAUACUUGUAAGGGUUUUGGUUUGGUUGGUUGGCAGAAGCCCACUGGUGUCUUUAGAAAGGAGCCUCGUCCCCAGGAGAGGACGGCUGACGAGUUUACUAAGGCCUGUAAGUACAUCCGUCCGGCGCUUUUGGGUAAGGUUUUGUCCGAGGGUUUGAAUGAGCAUUCCUCGGAACUGUGGGAUAAGACUUUGACUGAGGUUGCCGAAGGGUUCUUGGAGGGACCACUUACCGAAGAAGAGCUGACGAGAAGGUACGGCGACGCAUGGGCCCCUGUGCGCCGGUUCGCCGUGAUUCAAUCUUCUGGAGGCAAGCGCAAGUUGAGACCGAUUGACGACUACUCCGAGAACUUAGUUAAUGUUUUUCACAACAUUCUUAUUCCUGCUGGAUGCUGGGAUGGAGGCGAGCUUUGGCUCGCUGAUGUGACGGGGACUGUGGCUUAUCCGGGCACGUUGAUGCUUGGCAACAUCCAACCUAUACGGCAUCCUUAUGUCUCGUUUGAUGCCACACAUCCUCAUGCUGUCAUGCCAUGGGUCGGAGAGCGAGUGAUGAUUUGCGCCUUCCACAUCCGGGAUGCUUGGCGCCUCGGUCAGGAUCAUCUACUCUCUCUGCAGGAAGCUGGCUUUUCAGUGGCCACGUGCGAACAUGACACCGACCCGUACAUGUGA